AACAUUUCGGGGAGGUCUGAGCGUGUGGAGACGGGCGGGAAGCUAUAAAAACAGCCUGUCCCAGGUUAGACCCCAACGCUCAGGGAGCACCAUAAUGGACGGCAAGAGAAAGAUGCGAGCGAGCACGAAUGGUUCUUAUAACGACUACAUGGAAGAUUUUGACGACCAGGUGUAUGUCCCACAGAGAGCAUCCACCAGGAGGAGGCCAGGUGUUGACUUCACCAAGCUCACGCUGGCUUCCUUGAAGCGGUAUCGGCACAUUUUCAAGCUGGGGGACGUGCCAGGUGGCACAAAGGAGGACCUCAUCCCGGGCAUCCAGCGCCAUUUUGCUCAGCAGGUUGUGGACGAGCAGGACAUCCUCAUAGCCUUUGCUAGCACAGUGAGGCGGCAGAGCUUGGAAUACAACGGCAUCCCGAUGGUCAAAAAGCCGCGCAACGGCCUGAAGGGUGUGGCAAAGGUUGUCCGGUGAACCGAGCAUUUCCUGGCUUGACGUGCUCACCGCUGCCUUUCAGAAUCUGCCCACAUCCUGCUGUGGGUGGGAGUGUGGUGUCUCUACUGAGGCAGUGGUCUAGGAAGAAUGCUGCACAGCUGACCGUUGUAUGCAGCCCCUUGAAUAUCUUGAAAGGUGACAACGGGUGCCACAGUGUGGAGAAGAUUAUGCAAUUUUUGUCUUGAUUAAUUUUACUGAUGAGCAACUUGGCGACACAGUCGAGUCAUAGCAGGCCAACUUCUAAACGUAGGGAAUGUAGUACAGGCAGGCCAGGAUAGUCUUUUUUGCGCUUUCCACGGUAGGAAAGGUGUGCGGGAACAUGAGAGUGAGGGUGUCAGCAUUGGCCUAAAGCGCAGAGCUUUUGUCACGUUUGCCUGCACAAGCUUUAAAUAUUCUGCUGCUUGAUGCGCGCGCCAGUCCCGAACAUGCCUGACCUGUUGCCUGUGACCUGACUCAUGUUUGAUGGGUUCUGCAUAUGGGAAUUGUUGAGCAAUGAAUGGCUGCCUUGACUGGGGUUCAAGCUGGUAGGUAUGCUCAUGCGUGGGCUGGCUGCCAUCGGAGGCCCCUCAAAGAGCAGGGUUGUGCGACAUGAUUGCCUUUGUACACAUGUGAUAUCGGCAUUAUUUGGCAGAUAGGAUUGCUUGGAAAACAAAAGCUGUGUCGAGAUGAAGUGAGGAGCCCAAUGGUAAUAUGAGACAGAUCUGC